AAACCGGAAGUCCGGUAUUUGACAGCAACCGGUUAAAAAAAAUAUCUUCAGGGUAGCUUACAUUCAAAUACAGCAAACAAAUCUGUAGGUUAUGAUUAGCUUUUCAACAAAAAAUAUUAUUCAUAUAUUUUUAAGGGAACUAGCAAGGAUCGUGUUAUUCAUAUUUGUAUUUUGCUGACUUAGCUAGCUUAUUUUGCUUGUUGACGGAUGUUACAACUCGGAGGACCCUCGUGAUACAGUUGCUGGUCAAACCCCUCAGUUGCUGGGGUUGCUCGUUGACAGUUUGACUGUAUGAAUUAGCAACAGGGGUAGUAAAAGUUUACUUUUAGGGGAAUUAUAAUCGUCCCCCGGAGGAGAUGCCUCGUCUGGAAAAAACUGGAAAAGGGACAAAAAGACCCAAACUAGACUGGAGGUUUGUGCAGAGGUUCUGCAGCAUCCAGAAGGUUCUGUUCCCAUCAUGGACCAGUCAGAGCGUUCUGAUGUUUGGGACACUGCUCGUAGUCACUCUGACAGAGCAGCUGAUCAUUUACCAGGUGGGCGUCCUUCCCAGUCACUUCUACAAUGUGCUGGCAGACAAAGAUUCCUCUGGCUUCAGGAGCCUGGUGGGAGCAUCCAUGGUGCUCAUCAUACUUAACUCCACUCUGAAAAGUGUGGAUCAGUACAUUUGCAACCUGAUGUAUGUUAACUGGAGAAAGACGCUCACUGAGAGCCUCCACUCGGCCUACUUCCAGGGCAGAGUCUACUACACUCUCAAUGUUCUCAGAGAGGACAUAGAUAAUCCAGACCAGCGCAUCAGUCAGGAUGCGGAGCGACUGUGUAAACAGAUGAGCAGCAUGGCAAGUCGCCUCAUCGUCUCACCGUUCACACUGUCCUACUACACUUAUCAGUGUUUUCACAGCACCGGCUGGAUCGGUCCUGCGAGCAUCUUUGGAUACUUUCUAGUUGGAACUGUUACCAAUAAAAUCCUCAUGGGCCCAAUUGUGUCAACUCUGUUUGAGCAAGAAAAGCUGGAAGGAGACUUCAGAUUCAAACACAUGCAAAUCCGUGUCAACGCAGAAUCUGCAGCUUUUUUCAGAGCCGGUAAAGUGGAGCACAUGCGGACAGACCGAAGGCUGCAGGCCCUGCUGUGGACGCAGAAGAGCCUCAUAAACAAAGAGCUUUGGCUGUACAUCGGGGUGAACACCUUUGAUUACCUGGGAGGUUUUCUCAGCUACAUCAUCAUCGCCAUUCCCAUCUUCAGUGGUAUUUAUGACGGGCUCACUCCAGGUGAACUUAGUGCUCUUAUAAGUAAGAAUGCCUUUGUUUGCAUCUACCUGAUAAAUGGAUUCACACAGCUAAUAGACCUGUCAACAACUCUGUCAGAUGUGGCCGGAUACACCCACAGGAUCGAGGAGCUGAGGGAGGUGAUGGAUGACAUACUGCACAAGCAGUGUGACUAUGACCCCACGUCAGGGCAGAGCUACGACUUUGACAGCAGUGACUUUAACGUUCAUGGAGGCCCCGUGGACACAGCCUUCGUUGUGGAGCAUCUCUCAUACAAAUCGCCAUACUCAGACCAGCUGUUGGUGGAAGAUCUGAGUAUGAAAAUCAGCCAAGGAACCCAUCUGCUGGUCGUGGGGAACACGGGAACGGGGAAGACGUCACUGCUACGCAUCCUGAACCGCCUUUGGGAAGCAGACAGCGGUUUGGUUCAGAUGACCACGUGUUUUGGGCCCAGGGGAACCCUCUUCCUCCCGCAGAAACCCUACCUGACAGACGGCACGCUGCGAGAGCAGGUGAUUUACCCACUUAAAGACAACUACCCUGCAUCAGGGUCGGUGGAUGAUGACAGAAUCAUACGGUUUUUGGAGUUGGCCGGAGUGUCUAGUCUGCUGAAACGGACUGGGGGACUGGAUGAGGACGUGGACUGGAACUGGUAUGACGUUCUGUCUCCUGGUGAAAUGCAGCGCCUCUGUUUUGCACGGCUUUUCUACCUGCAGCCGCAGUACGCUGUUUUAGACGAGGCCACCAGCGCUUUGACUGAAGACGCGGAGGCACAGCUGUACCGGACAUGUAAGCAGCUGGGGAUGACGUUAGUCAGUCUUGGACACCGCAGCAGCUUGGAGAAGUACCACGACAUGCAGCUGAGGCUGUGCGGAGGAGGCCGCUGGGAGUUAACGAAGUUAAAAGGAGCUGGCUGGAGCUCUGACCACACUGAAGAAGACGUUUGACCUCACUAACGUGCAGAAAACCUCUCAAUUCAUCUGCUAGAAUAUUCAAGUCCUUCAGUUCCUGGUUUGUGGAUGAAAACUGGAAAAUCUGCCAAUGAUGCCGCCGCCAUCACAGAGAAAAUGACACAAAUUCAAUUUACAUGUGAACAUUUUUUGAUUUAUUUCUACAAAAAAAGUGUUGAUUUGUGUUUUUAAACAAUUACUUACAUAAAGUUUUAAUAUAUGUAAUUAAUACUAAAAUAUUUCACAGUUAAAAACCUUUUUUUUUUUCUAUAAAAAAAAACAAAGGCACAAGCGGUGUAGAAGGGAGUAACUUUCACAUCCUUCAGUAGAACUUGUUCCUGUGACCAUCACUUCAUGGAGAUCUUGGAGUGGCCUUCGAUGAUCUCCUGAACCGCUGCAGGAUCAUCCAGGGUGCUCAGGUCUCCCAAACUGUCCAGGUCGCUCUCCACAACUUUGCGCAGCACCCGGCGCAUAAUCUUUCCCGAGCGGGUUUUAGGGAGACGCUUGACGAGCUGUGACACAAAGAGUCAACUUUUACCAGGUGUGCUUUGACUCAAACAUUGGCAUUUCCUCUCCCGAAUUAAGGGGGUGGAUUUACCAAAAUGAAGUCCGGACAAGCGUACUUGGCAAUUUUUUCAGACACCACGCUGUUCAGCUGCUUGUACAAAUCCUCCUCUUUAAUCUUCAUAUUUUUCUUUAACACCACAAAAGCAUAAAUUCCUAAAAAUAGAGAAUGGAUGAUUUUUUUUUUUUUAUGGAUCAUUUCAAAAUAAAGUUAGCGUUUUGGAUCAAACUGUA